UCGAUGACCAAAUCUCUUUUGGCAAAUAUCAUGUGUGUUCUAAUAGAUAUCUCUUGUCAAUGACAUCAGAUCUUUUGGAUAGUAACAUUAUUGGUUUGGGCAAAUAUCUUUAUUUAUCCUAGUGUUGCUUGCAUCUCUUUUCCCCUUAAAACAAUACGAUAAUGGUUGUACAGAAUACCAGUAAUCUAGUUUUCCCCAGCUAAUUGGUAGACUAGUAAGUAGUUUUUCUUGUUGAAACGUUGACAUAUAUCCACUCUUCUUGAUAAGAAUAACCCAUUUUUAGAAGCAAAUCAUGAUUUUUAAAAUUAUGUUCACCCCUUUUUCUACCUUAAUUUAAUUCCUAUUUUAUAGUGAUUAUAUGAUUUUAAUUUUCAUAAUUAUAAGCUAUUUAUAGCUACAAUUGUUUAAUUAGAAUUGCAAAGUCUUCUCAAAACCCAAGGCUUAUGACCUUGAUUAACCAGUUAGCUACAUGCCCACCAAAAAAUAAAAAUAAAAAAGUAAAAAUACUGAAAAACUCACAGAUUUGAGUUGAAGAAACAGGUAUAAUUAAUAUUAUGGGCGCUGUUGCCUCUCUAUUUCCAAGAUCGGAUAAUCUGCAAUUGGUCACCGUUGAUGUUCAUGCUGCUAAUGAUCUCAUUCGUUCAGGUCAUCGCUAUCUCGACGUAAGGACACAUGAAGAAUUUAACAGAGGACAUGUUGAUGUAGAAAAUUGUGUGAACAUUCCUUACUUCUUCUUUAACCCUGCAGGACGAGUAAAAAACACCAAGUUUUUGGAGCAAGUUUCAGCGGUUUGUAGCAAGGAUGAUCAUAUCGUCGUGAUACAUCAGUUUAUCACCAUACUAGGUUGUCAAAGUGGAGUCAGAUCCGGCUAUGCUACUACUGAUCUUCUUAAGGCUGGUUACAAACAUGUAAGCAAUAUGGAAGGGGGAUAUGCUUCCUGGGUGGAGAAUGAGUUGUCUGUGAAGAAAUCAGAUGCAGAGUUGUAAAUUUUCGGUAAUUGUGUUUAAAUCGCCAAAAUCAAGUUAAAUUGUACUGAUACUAAUAGCAUAUAAUUUCCAUCUUGCUUGUAUUUUAAUUA